AUGAUGCCACUCGAGCCGAUUGAUCUGUUCCAAGGACGACCAGCACCAGACCUCCUUCCAACAGAACAUCUCAAGAAUGCCGCCGUCAAAGCUCUUUCUGAUAAAAUCGUGUCAGAUCCCGGUCUGGGGUACGGGCCUGACGAAGGUUAUUUCCCAUUGAGACAGAAUAUAGCGAGUUGGUUAUCGAAUUUUUAUAAGACCCAACAGCCAACCGAUGCAGAACGCAUCUGCAUCACAGGCGGCGCAAGUCAGAAUCUAACAAGUAUUCUGACGGUCUUCACUGAUCCUCUUCAGACCAGGAUGGUCUGGCUGGUGGAACCUACCUAUCAUCUCGUUUUCCGCAUUUUCGAGGAUGCGGGUUUCCAUGAUCGGAUGAGGGGAAUACCCGAGGAUGAGGAGGGUAUGGAUGCCAAUGCUCUCGAGAAAGCUCUGGAGUUAUUCCAGGAGAAAGACAAUUCAAUUCCUGAUACGGAUAAAAAAACUUCCAAACCCAACAAAUCCUACCGCAAAAUAUACAGACAUGUCAUCUACUGCGUCCCCAGCUUCUCGAACCCCUCGGGGACUACGAUGACCAUGUCACGACGUGAGUCACUGGUCAGAAUUGCGCGGAAAUUCGACGCGCUUAUCGUCUGCGACGAUGUUUACGACUUUCUCGCUUGGAAUCUGCAAGAUGUGAAAUCUAUUCCGAGCCCCUUCCAGCGCCUUGUUGAUAUCGAUCGCACUCUUGACGAAGGUCCUUCAGAUUGCUUCGGGAAUGUGGUCAGCAACGGCACGUUUAGCAAGCUUAUAGGUCCGGGAUGUCGUGUUGGGUGGGCUGAAGGAACGGCGAAGUUUGCAUAUGGUCUUUCGCAAGCGGGUCAAAAUAUUUCCGGCGGUGCACCAUGCCAGCUCAUGUCGACUUUUGUCAAUGAGCUUCUCGAGAGUAAGAUUAUAGAACAGCAUAUCGCGACGGUUCUUAUUCCACAGGGCCGUCGGCGACAUUUGGCCAUUCUCUCUGCCAUAAAGGAAUAUCUCAGUCCUCUCGGCGCCAUGGUGUCUUCUGAUACUACUAGUAGUACGCCAGGCACAGCAUUAUCAGGAGGGUAUUGCAUUUGGCUCAAACUUCCCGCUCCUCUCAUAGCGGCUGAGGUCUGUCGGAGAGCAUCUGAGAUGCAAAAUUUGACUCUUGGGUGUGGCGAUGUAUUCGAAGUUCCUGGAAGUAGGUCUCCGGAAAAGGAACUUCAUCGAAGCUUGAGGUUGUGUUUUAUGUGGGAGGAUGAAAAUAGGAUAGUUGAAGGGAUUCAAAGGCUGGCACAUGUUAUUAGGGAGUUGCUUCAUACUACUAGAAAUUGA